AUGCUGUCGCGCUUUCUGUCUGUUACUGCUCGCCGCACGCGCCACCAGGCUUGCAGACUGCACGCCGGCGCGGGCGCCGUCGUCGCUCCUCCGCCUCAGGCGCUGGUCCAGAGCGGGAUCCGGCCGGAGUCGCUGCCGCGGCACGUAGCGGUGGUGACCGACGGGAACAGGCGAUGGGCGAAGGCGCGGGGGAUGCUGACGGCGGAGGGCCACGAGGCUGGCCGUCGUGCGCUGGAGCACACGAUAUGGCGCUCCCACGCCUGGGGCAUCCGCGCGCUCACGAUGGAGGUCGAUUACUUGAUGGGAAUGAUCGAGCGAACGAUCCGCGAUAACAUCGACGAGUACGCGAGCAACGGGAUUCGGAUGCAUGUCAUCGGAGACCCCUCAAGACGUCCGUCUUCUCUGCAGAACGCUGCUCGGGAAGCGGAGGAGAUGACGAGGAACAACUCGCAGUUCCACCUGAUGCUGGCGACCUGCUACAGCGGGCGAUGGGACAUCGUGCAGGCGUGCAGAGCGCUCGCCGGGGAAGUGCAGGGCAAGACACUCAGGCCGGAGGACAUCGACGAGGCGAUGCUUGCGAGCAAGCUCGCCACAAGCGUCGCCGGAGUCGAGUUCUGGUGCCCCGACCUGGUCAUCAGAACCAGCGGCGAGGUGAGGCUCAGCAACUUCUUGAUGUGGCAGUCCGCCUACUCUGAGCUCUACUUCACCGACGUGAUGUGGCCUGAUUUUGGGGAGACCGAGUACCUGCAGGCGCUGAGCUCAUUCCAGAGCAGAGAACGGCGGUUUGGUCAGAGAAAUGCUUAA